UUUUGUUGUUGCUGCUGUUGCUUUUGUUGGUGCUGUUAUUGCUAUUGUUAUUGCUACAAAUAUACAAUGCUCCAUACAAAAUAUACAAUGCUUCAUACAAAAUAUACAAUGCUUCAUACAAAAUAUACAUUGCUCCAUACAAAAUAUACAAUGCUUCAUACAAAAUAUACAAUGCUUCAUACAAAAUAUACAAUGCUCCAUACAAAAUAUACAAUGCUUCAUACAAAAUAUACAAUGCUUCAUACAAAAUAUACAAUGCUUCAUACAAAAUAUACAAUGCUCCAUACAAAAUAUACACUGCUCCAUACA